AUGUGCCGAGCCGAACAGAUCGAGCGGAUCGAGCGGAUCGAGCGGAUCGGCCUUCGCUUCGUUCCACAGGAUUUGGCCAACAUCGCGUGGACUUUCGCCAAGGCGAUCUAUGUGAAGGUGCCGGUGCUUGUGGCCCUGUGCAGCAGGGCUGCAGGCUGUAUCCAGGAGUUCAACCAUCAGGACUUGGCGAAUAUGGCCUGGGCAAUGGCAAAUCUCCUGCUGCGAAAUGAGAAGCUGAUGAGGGCCAUUGCUGAGCAUGCUGAAGAGAGGAUCAGCCAGUUCGAGGGAACAGAUUUUUCAAGUACUGCCUGGUCGCUUGCAACACUGCACUUCGAGCAUGAGGCGCUGCGAAGGGCAAUUGCUGAGCAGGUGAGGAGCAAGAUUUGGUCACUGGGAUCUCAGCAGCUGGGGUCUCUGGCCGAUCUGAAGCUGGGAUGCCAGGAUGUGGUGGAAGCGAAGUUGCUGGACAUUGUGAGACACUUUGCGCGGGCGAUGCCCAGCUCCUUGGAGGGUUUCCAAAGGAAGUACUCGAAGAUGGUCCAGGAGGUCGAGGCAGAUACCUUUGGUACCUGGGGUGAUGAGUUGCUCCUGGAUCUCCUAGGGCUCACAGCAGCGCCAGAUUUCAAGCAGAAGGCUGCUGGGCUGGCUUUGAAGUACCACCAGCAGAACCUGCACAAGUGCUUCCGCGGGGAGAACUUGCUCCAUCAAAGAGUGGUCAGUUAUGCGGAGCUGGACCUAAGCAUCCAGCAACAGGUGCUGCAGUAUGCCAGCUACCAGCAGAAUGGAUACGAUGACUGGCGGCCCAAGAAGGAUUUUCUCUAUGCCACUUGCCUGCCGUGCAAUGCUUUGGUGGACAGAAGUUUGUGCAGUGAGUUCCAGCUCCUUUCCAAGAUUUGCGAGGAGGUGGCUUCUUUUUUGAGCCAGGUUCAACGAGCCCCGUGGUUUGAUGUCCGCGGCCAAGUGCAGAUCUUUGUAGCAGGUGCCCCGUGCUUAUCCUGUGUGGGUGCCAUGUGGCAAUUCCGCCUGCUCUUGCCAAAUGUCGGCGGCUCAAUCAGAGCCAAAUGGAGCCUGACUUCUGAACCUGAUGCUGACACCCUUCUUGGAUUAAAUGCCAGUCGUCAGUUCAAAAAAGAGAGAUGCCUGAAACCCUCGUUAGUUGAUGCUUACAUACGAUGUUUACCAGCAGUAAACAUAGUAAAACCAAGAAAUCGACUAGACAAGACCACUAUGAGGUUGACUUCUUCGUUGCCAUUGGGCCAGAGAUAG